UCUCUGAAGCGAAUCUCUGAAAUGUCUCUGAAGCGAGUCUCUGAAGCGAGUCUCUGAAGCGAGUCUCUGAAGCGAAUCUCUGAAGCGAGUCUCUGAAGCGAAUCUCUGAAAUGUCUCUGAAGCGAAUCUCUGAAGCGAGUCUCUGAAGCGAAUCUCUGAAGCGAAUCUCUGAAGCGAAUCUGAAGCAGCUCUGGCUGAAGAAAGUGCUGCUUCAGAGAAUCUUCAUGUUCGUCAGAUUGAAUUCUGAGAGACGUAAUGAAGAUGAAUAACACGAUGGAAAUGAGCGGCGAUGAAGGAACCGACAGCCUCAUUUUGAACCAGACUAGAUUCCCAGUUUAAUAAUUCUUCCUGCUGAUGCGUGUGAGUUUAUUAAUGUUUUCAAUAGUCCAAACUUUAACGGCAUGUUCUCUUGUUCGGCAUAAAUUAUGCAGAUGUCCUGAGGGUUUGCAGUACAACACAGAGGCCUGAAUUAAAGAUGAAGAGCUUUUAGAAUAAAACACACAAUUAGAAGCGGCUCGUUCCUCUCUGACACAUUCUUAAUGAGAAAAUAAGUCUGCGUUCCUCCGGCGCUCGAGUGGAAGACUUUAAGCUCAUUCAAUCAGGAGGUGAGACUGUAUGAAGACGCUUGAAAGCAAUUACGCACCAUUUAUGAGUAUGAAAUUAACAAAUAUUAGUACGACUUCAGAUUUAGUGUUUAACAGAUAACUCAUGUUGUAGUAAAAGCUUACCUUUAAAAUUAAAUGUAAAUGUUGUUACAGUAUCAGCACAUCCCCUUUAUUUACAUUUACAUUGACUCCUGCAAAUGAGGCUUGCGUUCUCUCUCUCUCUCUCUCUCUGUGUGUGUGUGUGUGUGUGUGCAGGAUGAGCAUGAGGGAUCUUCAGGAAGUCCUCACUCAGGUCCUGCUGCUGGUUCUCCUCCUGGGAUCUCCAGCACACUCCAGGGAACAUCAAGUGGUGCGGAUGGGAGCGUGUGAGGUGGUGGCUUUACACCGAUGCUGUAAUAAGAACAAGAUCGAGGAGCGUUCGCAGACCGUCAAGUGCUCGUGUUUCCCGGGACAAGUGGCAGGAACCACUCGAGCGGCUCCGUCCUGCGUAGACGCCUCUAUCGUCCAGCAGAAGUGGUGGUGUCAGAUGGAUCCGUGUCUGGAUGGAGAGGAUUGUAAAGUGCUGCCGGAUCUCAAAGGCUGGAGCUGUGCUACGGGGAAUAAGAUCAAGACCACGAAGAUCUCCUCAGACCGGGAUCAGCUCUGGUGAGCGCUGGAACCUGAUCAGGUGACCGGCCUUCAUCAUCAUCAUCAUCUUCAUCAUCAUCUUCAUUAUCAUCAUCAUCAUCAUCACACACAACAAAAGGGGCUUGAAACUUCUAGAAGAGUUACUCGUGUAAUUCUGGAAUCAGCAGCGCGUUUAUCUUUCUGACAGAAUAUAUCACCAUCUUUAUCACACUUUCUGGAUGAAAUUAUGUAGAACUCAAAAAUGAUGUGCUUUAUAGUCAUUCUGUUCACAAACACCGUGUUUCAAUAAAUGUGUAGAUAUUAAUUAUAUAAAAAUUUACAAUUAAAAUUA